AUGGGCGUAAGCAUGGAAACCAAGACUUCGAUCUCAGGGUUCUCCAAGCCUCAUCAUGAGGUUGAACAUGCUCAAGUCACGUCUGUACUUCCAGAUGGCGAUGUUCCCUAUACGGAUCAUGACAUGGAUGCGGACGAGAGGGUAAUAACCGCGCUGGGCUACAAGCAAGAAUUCAAGCGCGAAUUCUCACUUUGGACAACUUUCUGCGUCAGUUUUGCAGUUUUGGGUCUGCUGCCCUCAUUUGCGAGUACUCUGUACUAUGGAAUGGGAUAUGCUGGAACAGCAGGUAUGGUUUGGGGCUGGAUCAUCGCCAUGAUAUUUAUUCAAUGCAUUGCAAUGUCCAUGGCAGAGCUAUGUUCAGCAAUGCCCACAAGUGGCGGACUAUAUUAUGCCGCAGCAGUCCUCGCGCCUCCUGGAUAUGGACCAUUUGCCGCCUGGAUAACCGGAUGGUCCAAUUGGAUUGGCCAGAUCACAGCAGCACCGUCUGUCGACUACGCCCUCAGCGCCAUGAUCCUAGCAGCGGCUUCGAUCAGCAACCCCGACUAUGUCCCAACAACAUGGCAGACCUUCCUGCUAACAACAUUCAUAAUGAUACUGCACGCGGGAAUAAGCAGUAUGCCAACGAAGCGCGUAGCACAAUUCAACUCGUGGGGCUCAACCUUCAACUUCAUCGCGCUGAUCGCGGUCCUGAUCCUCAUCCCCGCCAACACCAAAAACAGCCCAAAGUUCAACUCCAGCAAAGAAGUCUGGGGCCACAUAACCAACCUAACCGACUUCCCGGACGGUGUCGCUGUCCUCAUGACCUUCGUCGGCGUGAUCUGGACAAUGUCAGGCUACGACUCGCCCUUCCACUUGAGCGAAGAGUGCUCGAACGCGAACAUCGCCUCGCCGCGCGCAAUCGUCCUCACCUCCGGCGUGGGCGGGCUAAUGGGCUGGUUCCUGCAGCUGGUCGUUGCAUACACGGUCAUGGACAUCGAGGGCGUGAUUGAUUCCGAACUCGGUCAGCCCUGGGCUUCGUAUUUGCUGCAGGUCAUGCCGCAGAAAACUGCUAUGGCUAUCUUGGCGCUUACCGUUGUCUGUGGCUUCUCCAUGGGUCAGGGGUGUAUGGUUGCUGCAUCGAGGGUCACGUAUGCGUACGCGCGUGAUGAUUGCUUUCCGCUAUCGAGAUAUUGGAAGCAAGUUAACUCGUCUACGCAAACGCCUGUCAAUGCGGUGAUUUUGAAUGCUGUGCUUGGAAUUUUGAUGUGUCUGCUCAUCCUUGCUGGUGAAGUUGCCAUUGGGGCGCUGUUUUCCAUCGGCGCUAUUGCGCAGUUCUUCGCUUUUGCUAUUCCUAUCACUAUUCGGGUGUUCUUUGUUGGGAAUCGGUUCCGCAAAGGACCAUGGCAUCUAGGGCCAUUUGGACCCUAUAUUGGUGCCAUUGGUGUUUCAUUUGUGUUUUUGAUGGUGCCCAUUCUGUGUUUGCCCAGUUCUACUGGCAACGACUUGACACCCGAUCUGAUGAACUGGACCUGUCUCGUUUGGGGAGCUCCAAUGCUGGCGGUCACAAUCUGGUGGUGGGUUGAUGCGCACCGUUGGUUUACCGGCCCGGUUGUCAAUGUCGAGCAUGCUAUCUAUGCAAUCGAGCAGGAGCCUGUUAUCAGCGAGGGAAUCGAGCCCGAAACACAAAGAGCAGAGACAGAUGCUUUGCCACGCAAGUUCGAUGAUCCAGAUAACCCUAUCUAG